UAUAUUAAAAAGUUUGUAUGAUCAAGAUACUAUACUUUCAAAAGAUAUUGGAGAUAAAAUGCCGGUUAUAACAGAUAUAAAUGAUGACAAUGAUGUAUUGCCUGAUAAUCAACCGGUUCCAGCAUCUCCGAAAAUUACAGACUUUGUGUAA